CACGGGUUUCCGGGUCGGAGCGGAGCCGCGAACGCAACCGGAAGUUGGGUCCGUCGUUAGAAACCGGCGACCGGCAGCAUGGCAACGACCACUGCAACAAAGGUUCCUGAAGUGAGGGAUGUCACCAGGAUAGAGAGAAUUGGUGCCCAUUCGCACAUCCGUGGCUUGGGACUUGAUGAUGCCUUGGAACCCCGACAGGUCUCGCAGGGGAUGGUAGGACAGCUGAGUGCUCGUCGUGCUGCUGGAGUCAUUCUCGAGAUGAUUAAGGAGGGAAAGAUCGCUGGGAGAGCAGUCCUCAUUGCUGGUCAGCCUGGAACAGGGAAAACCGCCAUUGCGAUGGGGAUGGCGCAGACCCUAGGGCAGGACACUCCAUUCACAGCGAUCGCUGGCAGCGAAAUCUUCUCUCUCGAAAUGAGCAAAACGGAAGCGCUAACCCAGGCUUUCCGCCGAUCCAUCGGUGUCCGUAUCAAAGAGGAGACUGAAAUAAUAGAGGGAGAAGUUGUGGAAAUUCAGAUUGACAGACCAGCCACUGGCACGGGUGCAAAGGUUGGAAAGCUAACCCUGAAAACAACAGAGAUGGAGACAAUUUAUGACCUGGGGACGAAAAUGAUCGAGUGUUUGACGAAAGAGAAAGUGCAGGCUGGAGAUGUGAUCACCAUUGAUAAGGCGACAGGCAAGAUUAGCAAACUUGGCCGGUCCUUCACACGAGCUCGCGAUUAUGAUGCCAUGGGGGCCCAGACAAAAUUUGUGCAAUGUCCAGACGGAGAGCUUCAGAAACGGAAGGAGGUGGUUCACACGGUGACACUGCAUGAGAUUGAUGUGAUCAACAGCAGGACACAGGGAUUCCUGGCAUUGUUCUCAGGUGAUACUGGAGAAAUCAAGUCUGAAGUUCGUGAGCAGAUCAACGCCAAGGUGGCUGAAUGGAGGGAAGAAGGAAAAGCAGAGAUAAUCCCCGGAGUGCUGUUUAUAGAUGAGGUCCACAUGCUGGACAUUGAGUGCUUCUCCUUCCUAAACCGCGGUUUAGAGAGCGACAUGGCCCCAGUGCUGAUCAUAGCGACAAACCGUGGGAUAACCAGGAUCCGUGGUACAAACUACAAAAGCCCUCAUGGAAUUCCAAUUGACUUACUGGAUCGAUUGGUAAUCAUCUCAACAUCACCCUACAAUGAGAAGGAAACAAAACAGAUUCUAAAGAUCAGGUGCGAAGAGGAGGAUGUGGAAAUGAGCGAGGAUGCAUACACAGUCCUGACACGGAUCGGCUUGGAAACAUCACUCCGGUAUUCUAUCCAGCUGAUUACUGCCGCUAACCUCGUCUGCAAGAAACGCAAGGGAACAGAGGUACAAGUGGAUGACAUUAAGCGGGUUUACUCCCUCUUCCUGGAUGAGUCACGCUCAACACAGUACAUGAAAGAGUACCAGGAUGCCUUCAUGUUCAAUGAAAUGAAAGGCGAAUCGAUGGACACUACUUAAGUCUUGAUGAUGUGAAUGCUGUGACGAUGUUUAUUACAAUGAAGACCUGAUCAUUUUGUUGAUUUGAUGCAUAUUUUUAAUCUGUCCCCAAAGUUUUUUUUGUACAAUAAAUUCUGAAAGUUU